GGCCGGUUUGGAAUUUUUGGCGCGAGCUGGCUCCGCGCGCGUUCACGGGCCGUUCCCCUUCGCAGAGAGUGCUUCGUGCCGGUGUCCAGAGGCGCCGCUGCCCGACCCCGGCCUGCCCGGCCCCCGUGAGGCCCGCAGCGGCCUCCGCCGACCCGGAACCUGGGACCUCGCUGCUGCGCCGCGCCCCGCCCCGCACAGCCUCCCCAGGUACUUGUGGCCCACACAACCUUCAUGUGGAAAGUAGAACGUGUGUGUGGCAAAGGAGUGGCUGUCUUGUGGGCCACAGAAUCAAGCACUGUUUGAGUGGACGGACACAUAGCUCUGUGCUCUGAUCCUCUAGCAUUGGUCAUGUCCAUGCCCACUGAGGGCACCCCACCGCCCCUAAGUGGUACCCCCAUCCCAGUUCCAGCCUACUUCCGACAUGCAGAGCCUGGUUUCUCCCUCAAAAGGCCUGGGGGCCUCAGCCGGAGCCUUCCACCUCGGCCCCCUGCCAAGGGCAGCAUCCCCGUCAGCCGUCUCUUCCCUCCUCGGACUCCAGGCUGGCACCAGCCCCAGCCCCGGAGGGUGUCAUUCCUGGGUGAGACCUCAGAGACCCUGCAGAGUCCUGGAUAUGACCCAAGCCGGCCAGAGUCCUUCUUUCAGCAGAACUUCCAGAGGCUUAGCCGCCUAGGUCAUGGCUCCUACGGAGAGGUCUUCAAGGUGCGCUCCAAGGAAGAUGGCCGACUCUAUGCUGUUAAGCGCUCCAUGUCACCAUUCCGAGGCCCCAAAGACCGGACUCGCAAGCUGGCUGAGGUAGGCGGCCACGAGAAGGUGGGGCAGCACCCACACUGCGUGAGACUGGAGCAGGCCUGGGAGGAGGGCGGCAUCCUGUACCUGCAGACCGAGCUCUGUGGGCCCAGCCUGCAGCAGCACUGUGAAGCCUGGGGGGCCAGCCUGCCAGAGGCCCAGGUCUGGGGCUACUUGCGGGACACUCUUCUGGCUCUGGACCACCUACAUAGUCAAGGCCUAGUUCACCUUGAUGUCAAGCCUGCCAACAUCUUCUUGGGGCCCCGGGGCCGCUGCAAGCUGGGUGACUUUGGACUACUGGUGGACCUGGGUUCAGCUGGCGCUGGUGAGGCUCAGGAGGGAGACCCUCGCUACAUGGCCCCAGAACUGCUGCAGGGCUCCUACGGGACAGCCGCAGAUGUGUUCAGUCUGGGUCUCACCAUCUUGGAAGUGGCCUGCAACAUGGAGCUGCCCCAUGGUGGGGAGGGCUGGCAGCAGCUGCGCCAGGGAUACUUGCCCCCCGAGUUCACUGCUGGUCUGUCUUCUGAGCUGCGCUCUGUCCUCACAAUGAUGUUGGAGCCUGACCCCCAGCUUCGAGCCACAGCUAAGGCCCUGCUGGCCCUGCCCAUGCUGAGGCAACCUCGUCCCUGGAACGUUCUGUGGUAUAUGGCUGCAGAAGCCCUGAGUCGAGGUUGGGCCCUGUGGCAGGCACUGAUCACUCUGCUAUGCUGGCUCUGGCAUGGUCUGGCUCAUCCUGCCAGCUGGCUGCAGCCUCCGGGCCCACCAGCCACACCGCCUGGCUCUCCACCUUGCAGCCCCCUCCUGGACAGCAGCCUCUCCAGCAGCUGGGAUGACGACAGCAUAGGUCCCUCGCUCUCCCCAGAGACCAUCUUGUCCCGGAUCACUAGGAGAACCUCUACCCCUCGAGGCAGGUACACACCAAGGGAUGCCCUGGACCUAACUGACAUGGACUCGGAGCCUCCUAGAGGUCCCUGCCCUACCUUUGAGCCACGGAACCUCCUCAGCCUAUUUGAGGACUCACUUGACCCAGCCUAAGCCAGAGGCCCAGUCUUGGUGCUUUUAAACCUCUGACCCUCUUUCCUACCUCUCCCCUGGAAACUUCUGUAUCUAAUAAAAAGUAAUGAAUCUUGGGAGCACCCAAGGUUGCUCAUGUGGCAA